AGCACCAUUGCGGGGCGAUCUAACCGGCUGUCAACCGAGAGCUCCAGCGGCAGUCAGUCAGUCAUGGCGGCGCCGUUAGCCCACUUCGACGAGGACUGGCAGGAUUUUAACGAAUUCAAGCCGAGCUCCGCGUCCUCCGACCGGCUGGACCAGCUGAACUCCAACGUGGGCGAGGAGCCGCCGUCGGGCCUAGACGACCUAUCCGACCUGGACAACAGCUUCUCCGGGGAGAUCUGCAGCUUCAAGUCCAUGGAGGACCUGGUGCAGGACUUCGACGAGAAGCUGACUGUGUGUUUCCGAAACUACAACACCGCCACGGAAAACAUCGCGCCCGUUAAAGCCAUCACAGAGGACAACUACCUGAAAGACGACGAGGUCUGGAACGCUCUGACAGAUAAUUAUGGCAACGUGAUGGCUGUGGACUGGAAGACAUCGCACAUUCGCUCCCUGCACCUGCCCACCCUCAACAUCACUGAGCAUGAGAAGUUGGAUAACCAGUCUCUGGAUCUGUCUGACGACGAGGAGCUCAGGGAGCAGAUGGAUAUGCACUCCAUCAUUGUCUCCAGCAUCAGCGACGAGCCGCUCUUCACAGCCGAACAGGUGAUAGAGGAGAUAGAGGAGAUGAUGCAGGAGUCUCCAGACCCAGAGGACGACGAGAGUCCCUCACAGUCCGACCUGUCCAUGCUGUCUCAAGACCUCCACGGGCUGAAACGCUCCGGCUCCAACACCAGCUACGAGGACCGGCUGCGUCAGCUGUCUGUGUCUGAGCUGACCGAGACUUUGGAGGAAGUGGAGACGGCCAUUCGCCGCUUCAGUGAAGAGCUGAUCCACGCUCUGGCCCUGCGAGAUGAACUGGACUAUGAAAAGGAGGUGAAGAACAGCUUCAUCUCGCUGUUGAUCGACGUGCAGAACAGACAGAAGGAGCACCGCGAGCUGCUGCGGAAGAAGAAGAAAAUCAGAAGUACGACUACAACCGGGCCCAACGGCCAGAGAACAGCCAGCACGCACAUACCGGGCACGUACCUAACCACAGUAAUCCCUUACGAGAAGAAAACUGGCUACCCAGCAGUAGACGACCUCCAGAUCCUCACAAAGAUCCUCCACGCCAUGAGGGAUGACAGUGAGAAGGUGCCUGCCCUGCUAACAGACUACAUUCUCAAAGUGCUUUGUCCGACGUAAAGCCAAAAGGCGAGGCCUCCUGUUUCCAGAACCAUUCAUUGGACCAUCAGAAGAGGGUUCUGGUAAUCUGGAAGUACCCAGUUAAUGGAUUCAAAAUCCAAAUCUUCCUUUUCUCCCUAUUUUUCAAAUCAUAAACUUUCUUUCCUUGUGGCAUUUUUUUUUUUUUUUUUUACUCUGCCACUGUUUGUUUUUCCUAGGAUUUUAACUCUAGAUAUAACUCCUUGGUCUUUAUAGUUCUUUUCAUAUGUGAUGUUUUAUCUUUUUAAUGCCUGAGUGCUACGACCCUGUGUAUCCUGACUGCAUGAUGACUUGUGUAUGGAUGCCAGUAAUCAGUAUUAUUAUCGGAACACUUCACUUCCUGAUUAGCCGGUGGCUCUUGAAUGGAGAAGGGUCAUGUGUGUUUUCAUUCCACAGGCUUCAUCAGCAGUCCUGUGCAAGGGAAAUGCAGUCCAAUCCGUCUGUUUUGUAAACUAAUGCAUUUGCAUCAGUGUAGUUCAUGCAUGACGGGGGAAACAAAUCCUGACAGAAUCUCUGAAGUGCAAGCCUGUUCCGGAGCAUAAAUCCAGAUUUUUUUUCCCUGCAUGGAAACGGCAUUUAUCUAAUUGAGUUCAUUUUAAUGUCUUGGGGUUGAAAAGAUUUUAAAUUUUAAAAUCCAAAUUCGCAGGGCAACCCGUCUUUGCAUGUUGGUUUGGGUUUUCGCUCAGUUUUGGCUGUAAGUUGAAUGUUAAAAUGAAAUAUUUUGUAUACGAUCAAAAAUUGCACAGUUUUGGGGAACUUUUAACUUUUUUGAAAAAAGGGAAAAAAAGUGAGAUGACUUAAGAAAGCAAUAGCUGGAUGAACAAACAUGUAAAGCAUAUUUUUGGAGAAAGAAUAGUUUUUAGUGAGAUUAGGGACUUGCCAGUACCCACCUUUUGUGACCACACUGCAACAUAAUUUAGCAAAUUCUGUCCUUUGACCUCUGAGCCCUCAAGUAGUGACCGCCACCCCCCAACAACUUUAUCACUUCCCCAGCAGUCGUCAUUACAUGAGUCUGAAAAUACCUCGUAUAACAUUUUUGCAUCGGUAGAAAAUGACCCAACUGGUCGUAUCGUUAAGAUAAAUAUUGUGGUUAAGAUUCUGUUAGGUUUGAUAAAUGUGUAGUUUAAGCUUCUGUUAUAAGUUGUGGGUUUCGCCCAAUCUGUUAACCCUUUAACUGUUGUGGAAAUGUUGUAGUAGCACUUUAGUCUGCCAGUGAUCUGGUCAUGUAGUAGUGGAAGAAGUACUUAAGGGUAAGUCUCUCUAGAUUAGUGUUAGAUGAGGCUUAGAAGCUUUAGCUAGUGGUGCCAAAAUGUGUCAACAUGAAGGAUUGUUGUCCUGCAUCCAUCUAUAAAACGUAAUAGUCAUCAUGAGCACGAGAGUUUAAACAUCCUUAAAGGGGCACUGCACUGAUUUUACACAUAACAACCAAAAGCCUUUGUUACAAACACAGGUAAUGCAGUUUGAAAGAUGUGGGUCAAAUGAAUAUACACUAUCCAGUUGCAUUAUGGGAAAUGUAGGUUCCAGUGUUUUUGGAGCUUUCCCCAUACUAGAGACUAAAAAGUCAAACUAUCUCAGACUCUGCCUCAUCAAAUGUGACGGCUCUUUGUUCAUUGGUCUAAUGCAAGUCUCCCAACAUCUUGGGUAGUGCAAUACUACGUCACUGGAGCAUCCCUUUAAAACCUCGUACCACCAAUCUAGCGCUGCAUGUCUGUUGGUACACUGACGUUCAGAUCACCAGCUACUUCAGGUGCACCACACACUGUCAGAUCAGGUCACGUCUAGCUCUCAGGUACGACCAUCAGUGUUAGCAGUUUAAAUCUUGAAAGGUACUGACAUUUCUGUGUUUCUGGUAAAAAAAAUGAUAUAUUAGCUAGACUUCAACUUUGCUGCACUUUUUUCUCUAUUUACAAAUUUCUCUAAACACCUGGACGAGCCAGUGGAGGUGAUCAUAGAAGCCUCUUGACCAGGGAAAACCAGGGUAGCAAUACAGAUGUUGGUUAUAUGUCGUGAUUUCUUGAUUAAACAUGUAAUGCUUAGAGGUCUUAGACUCUGUUUAGUCAUAGUAGGUGUAGCUAGAAAUUAAACGUCGCAGUAGCAUACGCUUGGAGUAGCAGUAAAGUGACGAUAGAGUCGUAACAUCAAACGACAAACGUUGUUUUAUUAGAAAGAAGAAGUUGAAUAAGGAAUUACUUUUAAGGGUUAAACAUUUUAAGCAUGUCUCUCGUGCAUGUGGCCAGAAGAAAAGGCUGUAGGAAGAUGACGAAGGGGUGUGAUAAAGUUAACGGACGUUGGGGAAGAUUGCACAAACGGUUGCUGAAAAAAAUUUGAGGGUUCAAUUUUAUUCUUUUUUGAAAGAAAACUAAAGCGUGUAGUGCUAUAUUAAACUAUUUAUAUGUGUCUGAUGUUUCUACUGUUGCCAGCUUUGCAAACAUUCACAAUCUAGCAUUCAUUUGUUUCUGUUUACAGACAUUAAUAUCACACUAAAGGGACAAGUGCAUGUUGCAAUGGAAUGCAGAAAACUCAAAGCACUUCAUUUAAACUGUUAGGAAGAUGUAUUAAAGGGCAAAGUUAAACAUCAGAAGGCUUGUGGCAGUGAAAUACAUGAGCCAUUUAAAUAAAAACAUCACUCUGUUGAUCCUAAUUAUGAAUUACAAAAGCUAAAUAAAGUAUUUUUAGUUUUUAUAUUUGAAAUGGCAGUCGUGGAUCCAAUCUCAGACCAGAACCCCUCAUCUGGUCUCUAGUUAUCAGACAUAUCAGUGUAACUACAAUUUAGAGAUUUAUAUUUAUAUAUGUACAACAAAACAAGCAACAGAAAAAAGAGGCUGCCUUUGUAAAUGCCUAAACAUUUUUGUACAUUAAAACCGACUUGUUAUGUUUUUAAUGCAAUAUGAUUCCCCAGUUUGGGGUUUUAUGUUUCUCUCGUGGUACUCCAGUAAAUUAAUUUAUUAUGUGAAUGUUCAGUUUUGUAACCAUUUUAUUGACUGUAAUGGUACAUGUGUUUGUAUGCCCACAAUGCAUCAACUCAUUUCAAAUAAAUUAAU